CAAAGCAUCCGGGCCCCUGUUGGUUUACCACCACCACCCGGUGCGGUUCGGUGAUAGUUGCAAACCUUUCUCCGGUCUACAAAGACCUCAGCUUUCCUACCUCCACUUCUUCUUUCUUCCACAAAGCCCAUUCCUUUUCCUCCCGUUCUUCUCCCCUCCCUUCUUUUUCCACCCACUCGAAUCCUCCCUUCACAUUCUAGUUCUAGCUCCGCACCUUUGCUGCGCGCGCGGAUUUGGUUCAGGGUUUGGAAAUGGCAAUAGACGAUGAAUCGCCGCUCAGAAUCAAUACCACCAGAGGCGGCGCCAUGGGAGGAGGAGGGGAGUGCGACGGGGCGGAGAACCAGCGGUGGCCGCCAUGGCUGAAGCCGCUGCUGGCGACGAGCUUCUUCGGCCAAUGCAAGCUGCACGCGGACUCGCACAAGAGCGAGUGCAACAUGUACUGCCUCGACUGCAUGAACGGCGCGCUCUGCUCGCAGUGCCUCUCCUACCACCGCGACCACCACGCCAUCCAGAUACGGAGGUCCUCCUACCACGACGUGAUCCGGGUGUCGGAGAUACAGAAAGUGCUGGACAUCACCGGCGUGCAGACGUACAUCAUCAACAGCGCGCGCGUCGUGUUCCUCAACGAGCGCCCCCAGCCGAGGCCCGGCAAGGGCGUCACCAACACCUGCGAGGUCUGCGAGCGCAGCCUGCUCGACACCUUCCGCUUCUGCUCCCUCGGCUGCAAGAUCGUCGGCACCUCCGGCGACUACCGCGGCCGGAAGAGGCACGCCGGCGGCGGCAUCAAGAAGACGAAGAAGCUGCACAAGGGCGCGGCGGCGGUGCCGUCGGACUCGGACGACUCCUCCACGACCACAAGCGGCGGGAGCGACAAGAGCAGCGUGGUGCAGAGCUUCACCCCGUCCACGCCUCCGGCGACCGCCAACAGCUACCGCACCGGCAAGCGUCGCAAGGGCGUCCCGCACCGGUCGCCGUUCGGCAGCCUCAUGGUGGAGUUCUAAAGCAGGGCAGAAGCAAUGCCGCCAUGCCGGCCUCGCCCCCGAAACAGUGGUACACUGUAGCAUACACAUAUCCAUAUCUAUCUCUAUAGUUAUAGCAUACAUAGCCAGUGAAAAGGAGGAGCUUAGUAAUAACAGGAUCCCCCAUUGCACCCCUGUGCUUCUGGAUGAGGAGGCCGGUGCAAAUGCAAUGUGGGACAGUUACUUCAUAGUUACAGUUACUGUGCUAGUAACAACGGUUUGGGUUUGGGUUCUCUCUUGUGGAAGAGGAGAGGAGGUAGUAGUUACUCCCUGUCAUAACUACUAAGUUUUGCUGAAACCUUAUAGGUCUUUAUUACUCUUUUAGUUACUCUGUGUUUGAUAUGGUAGAUGUACAUAUAUGUAUAUCACAGAUGGUGGGGGGAAUGGUAGUAGGAGAUGGUGCUCCCGGUGUUCAUAUUCGUGCUUGCCUGUAAUAAAGAUGAGAAUGCUGCUCCUGAUGGCCUUCAAUGUCAGUCAGUAAUUUCCUUC